CCUUUCCUCCUCCUCCUCCUUCUCUUCCUCUUCCCCCGGCCCCCGUCCCGCUGCCGCCAUGGCCCCGCUCCGGGCGCUCCGGUUCUGCGCCGCCCUGGCCCUGGCGCUGCUCCCCGCGGCCGCGCGGGGCCAGGAGGAGGCGGCGGGAGCUUGCCAUCAGUACACAAACAGGAGCUGUGAGGAGUGCCUGAAGAACGUCACCUGCCUGUGGUGUGUCAGCAGCAAGCGGUGCGUGCCGUACCCUGUGCGGCGGAUCCUGCCACCGGCCGACCUGUGCGAGCUCCGCUCUGCGCGCUGGGGAGUCUGCUGGGUGAACUUUGAAGCCCUGAUUAUUGCAAUGUCUGUGGUGGGAGGAAUGAUCCUUAUCAUGCUGGGUGUCUGUUGCUGCUGCUGUUGCAAGAAAAAGAGCAAAAAGCCGGACAAAGAGGACGAGCGAGCAGCCCGGGAGCGGGAGCGGAGGCGGGUACGCCAGGAGGAGAGGAGAGCAGAGAUGAAAUCGCGGCACGAUGAAAUCCGAAGGAAAUACGGCCUGUUCAAAGAAGAGAACCCCUACGCCAAAUUUGACAAUUAGCCUCUCCAGCGCCGCGGGACUCGGAUGCCGCCCGCCGGGAGGAGAGCGCCGCGGUGCCGCUCCCGGUGCGGGCUGACACCGCUCCCUCGGCUCCGCUCUCGGCUGCGGUGGCGGCCCAGCCUGCGGCCCUGCACUGCCUGCCCGCGGUGCGGGCCGAAGCAUCCCCGUGCGCCUGCCCGGCCCCCGCCGCGUCCCUGGGGGCCGGGGCUGGGGCUGAGGCGGGCCGGUGCCGGUGCCGGGCUUCCUCCCCCCCGUCCCCCCACGCUGUGCCUUUCUGGGCCUCUCCCGGCAGCGCCGGGGGAGCCGCAGCCGCGCAUUAAACCCGCCCUGCUCACCUGC